AUGGCUCCGCAGACCGGCCCCACCAAGAAGGAGACGCAACCGCUCGCAGCCUUUCCACGGCUUUUCACUUGGGAAGAGGUCAGGGUCCACAACGGUCGYGGCCAAGGUCGGGAGCAGUGGCUGGUGAUCAACAGGAAGGUUUACGAUGUCAGCGAGUUUUCCAAUCGGCACCCUGGAGGAAAGCGAGUUAUUGGCCACUAUGCUGGGCAAGACGCUACGGAUGCCUUUGUAGCCUUUCACAAUGAUAAGGAUCUGGUGAAAAAGUACUUGAAACCUCUGCAGAUUGGGGAGCUGGCGCCGGACCAACCCAGCUCGGAGGCUAAUAAAAAAGAAUCGCUCCUAGAGGAUUUCCGUGAGCUGCGCUGUGAUAUUGAGAAGAAGGGACUUCUGAAGCCAGAUUAUACCUUUUUCUUCCUCAUUUUCCUUCACCUCCUGAUACUGGAUGUUUCAGCCUGGCUUGUAGUCUGGUACUUCGGGAUAUCCUCAGUGCCUUUCUUUGCUGGCGUUGCACUCUUCACCAUUGCUCAGGCCCAGAUGAGCUGGUUCCAGCAUGAUUUAGGACACUGCUCUGUCUUCAGAAAGCCUAAAUGGAAUCGAUUAAUGCAGAUGGUUGUGAUAAAUGUUAUGAAGGGGUUACCUGCGUGUUGGUGGAAUCACCUGCACAACCAGCACCACGCCAAGCCCAACUGCUUCCGCAAAGACCCCGACCUCAACAUGCACCCUCUCCUCUUCAGCUUGGGGAAGACACUCUCCAUGGAGCUUGGGAAAAAGAAGAAGAAGUUCAUGCCUUACAAUUAUCAGCAUAGGUAUUUCAGCAUAUUGGCCCCAGCUGCACUUAUUCCCUUCUUCCAGUUGUCUAUAUUCUACUUCACAAUCAAGAAGAARAAGUGGUUGGAUCUCUUCUUGAUUACGUUUUUCAACAUCCGAGUCUCCCUCAUGUAUAUUCCUUUAAUGGGAUUUAACAAUUUCAUGGUGUACUACUGGCUGUCCAGGUACCUAGAGAGUACCUGGUUUAUUUGGGUCUCGCAGAUGAACCACAUUCCAAUGGACAUUGACUAUGAUAAGAAUGAAGACUGGGUAUCUACACAGGUUCAUGCAACGUGUAAUGUGAACCAAUCCAUGUUCAAUGACUGGUUCACUGGGCACCUGAACUUCCAAAUUGAGCACCACCUUUUCCCCACAAUGCCUCGACACAACUACUGUAAAGCAGCUCCUCUGGUGAAAGCCCUUUGCGAGAAGCACGGCAUUGAGUAUAAAAGCAAGACUCUACUCACAGCCUUCAUGGAUAUUUUAAACUCCCUGAAGGAUUCCGGGGAACACUGGCUGGAAGCCUAUCUGCAUGGAUAGAAACCGGCCGCUCUUGAGAGCCCCUCUUCACCAGAUGACUUCUGCAAAGGGUCAGCACAGAGCAAGAGAGUGGUUGUGUCCUCUGGUGAAGAGACUGGGGAGCUGGGCAAAUUUCAGGAAGAAUGGGGAGAAAGUGGGCUAAAGACGCAAUUUUUUCCUUGUUCUGAACUGUGAAUCUCUGUUUUUAUUGCUUUCAAGCUCAACAUUUAGAGCUGUGGAGACAUGAUGAAUGGGACCUUUAAAAGUGGGACAAGUAGCUUUGCAUUGGCUUGAUCGGGGGCUGAAACUGGACUGGCUCUUACCCUCUGCAAGCAGUUUAAAAGGAAUUUUUUAGAGGUUUUGACUCAGUGGAUCAGUGAAUACAGAACACAGCAAAGCAAACCGCAGAAAUUCAGAGUGCAUUGAGGGCCUGUGUAUGGAUUUUUAAGGCAUAUUUUAGAAUGGAUUAAAUAACCAUGCAAAGAACAAGAAGAUCUUGAGUAUGACGGCAUCACUAAUGGCUACACCUACACCACUUGCUCUAACUACUUACUUAGGUGUUAUAACUGGCAUGUCCGUGGAUUGCACAGGGAGCCGCAUAACCAGAUACUACAAUUUACACCUAUAAUAGCUGUAUUGAAGGCAGUCCAAAAAGUUGUAUAGAAUGUAUAAUUUAUAUAUAAAAUAUUUUUAGUUGAGUGGUGAGUGUGCUGUCUGACUUUUUCUCCUACAAUGCAUCUCUCAAUUUUUCUGAUAUUAUACUUUUGAGUGGGAGGCCAGAGCUCACGGAGAGGUUUUAUUUAGAGAAAUCUUUACCAAAGGAAACCUCUUUAAAACUUGUGAAGCCACUACUUGGUUAGGUUCUUGUGAGUGAAAAAAGAGCAUGUAAGAUACAUGAAAUGCUGCUUCUGUAAUGAGACAUAGUUCCAGGUGUGUGAUGUGUAAUUUUGAUGUAAGGUAAACAAGAAGUUAUUUAACAUUAAAGCCUUAGGGCAACACUUGCAAAAAAUGCCUGAGUGUCUUGUGAACUCCUACUUCAUCUUCAGGACAGCUUAGCACUUAGUUGAAAGCAAAGCAGCACUCCCAAGAACACUGUAUUUCUGCUCUAAAGCACCUCUUUAUGAUUUCUAGAUUGAAAGACAAAUACCUCUUUUAGAAAGAAUUUAUGACUUCUGAUUAAACUUGCUGAUUUUUGCAAGUGAAUGAUGAUUCAGUGAUAACAUUUCCUAAUAGGGCCUACUGCUGACAUAGUCCAUUCUGAGAAGGCUGCGCCAUAUUGAUGAGAGCUGCAUUAUAUUGUUUUCACUGGAUUGACCCAAAACUGUGGUGGUAGGCUGUUAUGCUAAAUAAAUAAGAAAAUUUGUUCGUAAGAGUGAAGGCCACAUGGAAGAAAAGUAGUUCUCCUCC